CAGGCUUUUGUUUCCUGCUGACCUACAUUUGUUCUGUCUUAAAAGUCACAACUCUGUGACUAGGAGACAUUGUUGGAGAAACAGCCAUGUUGGGACCCUUGUUAUUGUUUUUGCUGCAUUUUCUGUGCCUUGUUGAAGCUGAUGUUGUUUGUGUUUGCAAAGAACUGAAAACAGAGCAAUUUAGCAUCGACGAGUGUAACAGAUUAGAUGAGCAUAUUUUACACGGGUACUCAUGGGAAGAUGUUGAGUGGCGAUUUGGAAACGACUGUUUGUUCUCACUGAAAGAGUCCAGCUUCGAUAAAAGAUUCCUCAUACCUCACGUGCUUGACGUAAACAUUGGAUCAGAUGGCCUGAAAGUUGACACUGUAGUAGGAAGCGUCAGUGCGGGAAAAGAUGGUGUAGGAGUUGACACUGUGGUUGGUGGCGCAAAAGUAGGACCUGAUGGUGUCUCUGUAGAUACUGUUGCUGGUGCGGCUAGUAUAGGAAAAGAUGGGGUAUCAGCCAAUAUUGACACGCCACUAGGUGGUGCUAGCGCAUCAGUUGGAACUGACGGUCACGUCAGCGCUAGCGGCAAUGUUGACGUUCCAAUGGUUGCAAGUGUUAACGGUAAUAUUGAUGUUGACCAUGGAAAAGUCAGUGGAGGUGGAGGAGGCUCAGUGACGAUCGAUGGAGUUGAAGUUGGAGGUCAUGUAAAUGUUGAUAAAGACGGAAAGGUCAGUGGUGGCGGAAGUGUUGGGCUGAAUCUAGGUCCUCUUGCUCAUGCGUCAGUUGGGGUUGAUGUAGAUUCAAGUGGUCAUGUAUCAACUGGAGUAGAGGGUCAUGCCGGAAUCGGUCCUCUCAGCGUAGGUGGACAAGUCUCCGUGGAUCAGAAUGGUAAAGUAACGGGGUCAGCAACAGGAGGUGCAAGCUUAGGUUCUCUAGGGAAUAUUGAUGGCACUCUAAACGUUGACUCAAGUGGAGUUUCUGGUGGCGCCAGUGGGAAUCUUAAUGUUGGUGGAAGUAGCCUUUCAGGAAAUAUUAACGCUGGAUCUAGUGGGAUUACAGGAGGAGGAACUGCUACGCUCAACACUGGAAUCGGAUCACUAAGUGGACAAGUGAGCGGUGGCAAUGGUGGCGUAUCUGGAAGCAUGAGCGGUUCCCCUAGUUCUGGAAUUGCUUCCGGAACAAGUAGUGGUUCUAAUCCAGGCUCCUCUUCAAGUGGAUCUGGUUCUGGUAGCUCCAGUUCUUUUUCAAGUGGAAAUCCUAUGUCCUUCUCGUCGUCAUUCAAUCAAGCAAUGUUAAGUGGACCUAAUGGUUUCAUGCAGAUGAUGCAGAACAUGCAAAACGUACAAGGCAGUCCCACAGGUUUUAAUCCAAUGACCUUUAAUCAGCAAGUUGGUACCGAAGCUUUCCUUCAAGAAAUGGCAAAGCUAGGAUAAAUGUUUAUGUUGUGAUGAUAUCCUGUCAGUAUUCAACAGUAUUCAUUAUAUGCACGUCUUUAUUUUGGAGAUUAUUGAUCAAAAUACACUGAAUGUUUCCUUUGUGAAUACAAAGGUGUAAUACAAAUCGAACAUUGA